AUAAUAAUAAAUUGGUGAAUGAGGAAAUGACAGCGAGGACGGAAGUCGCAUUUGCUUCUCUGGAUCAAACACCAAUAACAAAUGAUAAACCAGUUUGCAAACUAACAGUUUUCAGUUUUCCAUUACAUCUUCUGUUACUUUUCCGUUUUCAUCAUCAAUUCUCUAUACAUCUACUUUCUGCAAAAUUUUCCCAAUUUCCACUCACAAAUCUCAUAAAACAUGUCAUACGCAUACCUCUUCAAGUACAUCAUCAUCGGAGAUACUGGAGUUGGGAAAUCCUGUCUUCUGCUUCAGUUCACGGACAAGAGGUUCCAGCCCGUCCAUGACCUCACCAUAGGUGUGGAAUUUGGGGCUCGAAUGAUCACUAUCGACAACAAACCAAUCAAGCUCCAAAUUUGGGACACGGCGGGUCAAGAAUCCUUUAGAUCUAUUACGAGGUCCUAUUAUAGAGGGGCUGCUGGUGCUUUGCUCGUCUAUGACAUUACCAGGAGGGAAACUUUUAAUCACUUGGCUAGCUGGCUGGAGGACGCCAGGCAGCAUGCAAAUGCUAACAUGACAAUUAUGCUUAUUGGUAAUAAGUGCGAUCUUGCCCAUAGAAGGGCUGUGAGCACAGAAGAAGGGGAACAAUUUGCCAAGGAGCAUGGUUUAAUCUUUAUGGAGGCUUCAGCAAAAACUGCUCAGAAUGUUGAGGAGGCAUUUAUUAAAACAGCUGCAACAAUAUAUAAGAAGAUUCAGGAUGGAGUUUUUGAUGUAUCAAAUGAGUCAUAUGGAAUAAAAGUUGGAUAUGGUGGAAUCCCAGGGCCCUCUGGAGGCAGAGAUGGCUCUUCUUCUCAAGCUGGAGGCUGCUGCAGUUGAAUUUCAAACUCAUUUGUUACACUGAGUCACAACCAGUUGACUUUUCUUCUGUCAUUUGUGUCUGAAUAUUGUAACUUGUUUUUGAUAUGUGCGGAUUCAGGGGGUGAUACAUGUACAAUCCACCUUGAUGUUCCGUGUAUUGAUUGUAAAUUCAUCAAAUGCUUUAGUUUCCUUUCCCAUUAUUUUGCCGGAUUGUAUUAGUUUCUUCCUUUGCAGUGUUGAAGGAAACUCUGAAUUGUGAAAUACAGAAAGUCUAUUUUAAUCUUUGUA